AUGCACUCCUUCCUCGGGGCUGCGGCCUCUAUUCUGGCCCUCGGUGGCUUUGCUGGUCACGCCGUUGCGACCAGGGUUGGACGACCAGCACUUUGUCCAGACAGCUGCGCUAGCUACAACCCAGUCGACUGGUUCACUUUUCGAAAUGUCCCACAAGUCACUCGAUGCAAUGAGACUAUGCUCCUUGAGUUCAACAUUUUCAAUGACCUGAAUGACCCCCAGGUGCAUUCCACUAUGCAUGUCUGCGCUUCUGGUGACCUCGACAAAUUACAAAACUCAGCUUCUGUCAAACCUGCGUCUUCCUCCGUUUCAACCAAGAAAGAAAUUACAUACCAGAUCGGUGCUUGGGGCUCUAGUCCUUCCGAAUCUGGAGAAAGCAAUUAUUCUGAGCUUCUGGAUGCUUUGCAAACCUAUCUGACUGGGCACCCACAGAAAGCAGAAAUCUUUGGAUACUCCAAUGGAGUAGCCGCUGGUGUUUAUUUGGGUGGCAGUGUUCAACAGGUUUCCAAUGUUGAAUUUGCCAUUGAAAAACUGAGAAGCUUCCUUUCCGACACCACCUACAGCACCGCUGCCAUUCAGUACUGUGGAUCUAGUUCCAACGAAACAAUUGGUGUGGCGGUUGACCUUAAUGGCGACAUUCCAACUGUUCAACAAUACGUUCAAAGCUGGCAUGGAGGAGAGUGUCUGUCAGGCUUCGACAAGAGUGCAACCGGCAGUACAUCUCUGACAUUCCUGGGUACCCACAAGGCAAACGGAACACAAUCAACACAUUCGCGAGCCUCGCGUGGCUCUCAUGGCUCUCAUGGCUCUCAUGGCUCUCACGGUCAUCACGUAUCUCACUCUCAUCAACGCAGAGAUGAUACAUGCACAUACAGAGAAGUGGUUUCCGGGGAUACAUGUUACGGACUGAUCACAGACUGCGGAAUCACCUCUGACGAGUUUUACGAGUACAAUACUGCAACAGACCUCUGUACUGCACUAGUACCGGGAGAGUACGUGUGCUGUUCCUCUGGCUCGCUGCCGGACUUUUCGCCAUCUGCAUAUUCGAAUGGAACAUGCUAUACGUACAGUGUGCAAUCUGGAGACAGCUGUUCUGAUCUGGCCAGUACAUACAGUCUCACCGAAGCCGAAAUCGAGACUUACAACAACGAGACAUGGGCCUGGUAUGGAUGCAGCGAGCUACAGGCCGGACAAAGCAUCUGUUUAUCGACAGGCAACCCUCCCUAUCCUCUGCCGAUUGCCAACGCAGAGUGUGGACCUCAGGUUGCGGGAACGGUCUUCAAUAGCACCGAUUCCGGGGACUGGGAGAGCUACAACCCAUGUCCUUUGAAUGCCUGUUGCGACGCCUUUGGCCAGUGCGGUAUUACACCGGUUUACUGCAAUCGCACCUUUGCGGACAACAAUAACCCUGGAACCGCAGCGAAUGGAACAAACGGGUGCCUUUCAAGUUGUGGAACAACAAUCACAAACUGGGCAGUCCCUCCUUCAAGCUUCUACAAGGUCGGCUACUACGAGCCCACUAGUAUGGAUCGAUCCUGUCUCCAGAUGAGUCCGCUCUCAAUUGACACAUCUGUAUUGACUCACGUCUAUUAUGCGUUUGGCAAUAUUUCGUCGGACUUCUCCAUCAAUGUGAAUGGAUAUGAAACAGAGUUCUCGGAGUUCAUGGAGUUGAAAGACGUCAAGCGUGUUAUGUCCUUCGGCGGCUGGGAUUUCUCUACCGGCGUCGAUACAUAUAUGAUCUUUCGCGAGGGAACUACUGCAGCAUACAGAUCCACCUUGGUGGAAAACAUAGUUAACUAUGUUUCUGAUACCGGUCUUGAUGGUAUCGACAUUGAUUGGGAGUAUCCAGGCGAGCCAGAUAUCGCAGGCAUCCCGGCCGGAAGCGAUGACGAAGGAGAGAACUACCUUGCUUUCCUCAAAGCGCUCAAGGCUGCCCUACCUGACGAUAUCAUUCUUUCAAUUACGGCUCCAGCCUCGUACUGGUAUCUCCAAGCCUUUCCAAUUUCCGACAUGGCAGAUGUCGUGGACUUUAUCAACUACAUGACCUACGAUCUGCAUGGAACCUGGGAUGAGGAAAGUACCUGGGCCGACAAUGGCUGCACAGCCGGAGACUGUCUUUUCUCUCAUGUCAAUAUGACCGAAACCGAAUGGGCCCUGGCCAUGUUGACCAAGAGUGGAAUUGCCACUAACCAAAUUAUGGUCGGAGUGGCUAGCUAUGGUCGUUCUUUUGAGAUGUCUGAGGAAGGCUGUUAUACCCCCAGCUGCACUUGGACUGGCGCAGGAAGAGCAGGAGAAUGUACCAAUACCGCGGGAUACAUUUCGAAUGCAGAGAUCAACGAAAUUCUCCAGACCAACGAGAACUCUCAGGCUUACUCGGAUGGAAACGUGACUGACUUCAUCGUCUACAAUGACACCCAAUGGAUCGGCUAUAUGACCAAUGAUACCAAGACCAAGCGCGCAACCUGGUACGAGGGUUAUAACUUUGGUGGUACAGCUGAGUGGGCCAUUGACCUCGAGGAGUUUGUGGACAACGAUGAGAGCUCGUCCGAUAGCUCAGGAAGUUCAGACAGCUCAGAUGAGACAGCAACACUGACGAUCGAUCCGGAAGUCUGGGCACAGGCAACUCCCGCCGUUACCUGUGCGCCGCCCUGUUUGAUGAUCAUGCCCCCUCUGCCGUUGAACUCGCACACCACUAUUUCUUUCCCCCCAUCCAGCGGUCAUCUUACUUGGAGCUCACUUGGGACCUCCACAUACACCCUCAGAGAUGGAAACGUCACUAUGCUUCCAUAUUACGAAAAUAUCUAUGUCCCAUGGGUAUUCGACAUCGACCCUGUGACAACUGAUUAUAUCAAUGUAUGGAACCAACAUAUCUCUGCAGGUCAGACAGCCGUUUACCAGACGAGCUCAGUGACUCCAACGCCUUUUGCUGUCGUUUAUACCCCAACGGUCGGAGGCUCCACUACCGUCAUCGGUGGCACCACGAGCGUUAUCCCCGGAUUCGAUUAUUCCUCUGGCAGCGUAACCUAUACUACAAGCAAUUUCACUGGUAUAUGGGGAGGUACCACAUCCGUCAGCGGUGGAACCACUCAGACUCCGCGGACUUCAACUGUGACACCUUUGGCCUAUCCGACAACCACCAACAAGACACCCGAUCCGACUUUGAACACUAAGACAACCACCGUGAGAUCGUCUUCCGACUCCUCGAGCUGGGGUCCAAAGGCAACCUCCAGCUCUGAGCAUACAGGCUCAACCUGUAUAAUCAAUUGCUUUGGAGGCUGCUUGCUUUGUCCUCCGGAUCUUAGUAUUGAAAUUAGUGGUGGUGGCGGUGACGAUGGCGGCGGCGACGAAGAUAACAAGAUAACAAUUACAGAAAGCGCAUACACAACUACCAUGACCGUAAGUGGCAAGUUAACUACCAUCACCGAAAGCGCCACGACAAAGACCGAGACGGAGAGUGAAUCUGCCACCAGCACCGAGACCACCAGCACGAUCACAGUCGGCAUUGCAGUCGGUACAUACACUGCUUUCGCCGAGCCAUCUGGUUCAUUGGGUGCUACGACAUAUCCCAUGGCAAGCCUCACGUCACUCGCCUCACUGUUUGCUAAAGAGUUCUCAUCUCUUUAUUCCGACGCUGCAACGGCCACACCCUCGGAACUAUUCAUUAUCGCUCUCUCUGAAGAUGACAACGAGCUGGGCAACCCUUACACCUGGCAAUACUUUGAUCCAACAUAUAGCGCGAGCUGGAGCGCGUGUGAUGAUGUAGGUGGAGGCUCAGAGGCACCAUCAUCUGGCGAAGGCCUUCCGGAUGGCACUUUCGAUAUCUCAGUCAACAUUCACGGUAUGAGUGACUGUGUUUAUACGGGUACCACCGAUGCUGCGGGUACAUUCACUUGCCCCGACCUCACAUCUACUGUGACGUGUGAGAAGAGUCCAGACACAGGCAGAUACACAUGCUAUGAGGCACUAGCUCCAGUUGAGUUUACUCCCAAGAUCCAAUGCUCUUGGUAG